UAGCCUGCUUUAUCCUUUUUCGCUUCCCCUUUUCAGAGCAGAAACCCCUGCUACUUCUGAAAAAUGGCUUCCUUCUAAAGCUAAAAGUGGAGAAUUUAUCUAGUCAGUUAAGCAAUAGGAAGGUAUCUGGAUUCUCCAAUAUCACCUGGAAUGAUAGUGAAGGCGGCUUCACCAUGAAAAGCAAGGCAGUAAUGAUUUCACCAAAGCGGUGAAUAUUCUCAAGCUAUGCGUUCGACUGAGGAGACGACAGAGUUAGGCACAAACGAGUCCUCUCAAGCCAACAAACUGACCGGCGGUGACCACGCACAAAAGUUUUUAGCCAAAGAUGUAUUUCUCAGUCACAGUGGUGCGCAGAAAAAUUUUGUUAGGCAGCUACACAGAGACCUCACAAAUCAAGGUGUGUCCUGCUUCUUUGAUGAAGAUCCUGAAAGUUUGCCAUUGGGGGAAGAUUUCCCUCCUUGUAUAUUUGAAGCCGCUGAGACAUGUAGAGUAGCAGUUUUGCUUCUUUCAAAGGAAUUCUUGGAAACGAAGUGGCCAAUGCAAGAACUCUGUACAUUUGUGAAAGCGAGAGACAAAACUCGUACAAACCCCAAUCUCAAAAUUUUGCCCUUGUUCUUUAUGAUUCCACCUAAGGCUCUCAAGCAAUUUAAGGCAGACAACGAAAAGUGGAAAGAGUUUGAGAAAUCCGAGGAAAAGAGGGCCGAAUGGGAGCAAGCUUUGAAUGCAAUACGGAGAAUCAAUGGGUUGAAGUUUAGUGAAGGUAGUGAUGAAGUGGAGUUCAGAGACAAAAUAGUGAAAGAAAUCUGGCGCAAACUUCCAACACACUCACUAAGGUAUCAUGUCCCUUGUAUGCAAGGAGAAGAACGAAUGUGUCAGGAAGUUGCAGAUUUCUUCAACAGUGUUCAACCGAAUGAAAAGGGAAUCCGUAUUGCAGGACUGUAUGGAAUAGCGGGUCACGGAAAAACGACACUUGGCAAGGCUUUCUGCAACCUGAACUUGGGGGUUCGGAGUGCAUUCUAUAGGGUUCGGAGAGCAUGUACACCACCCCGUGCAAUGUCUCUGACAGGAAACUCGCCCAAAGUUUGGCAAUUCUGUUUUGAAGGUAAAAUAUGCCAUCUGGAAUUUUCUAGAGGCGAUUCAUUGGAAAGAAUAAAACUUGCCCUGCAGUAUCUCACUUACUGUCCUCAAUCCCAUCUCCAAACACUGACAAGCCAAGAGCAGGCACAAGUUGAGUUGUAUAAAAGAGUGAAGGGCCAAACGGUAUUGUUGGUUCUCGACAAUAUAACAGAAGAAAGCGUAGACGAAGUGAGAUAUUAUGUUGAGGCAGACUUCAGGAAAAACAGCUGCAUCCUUUUAAGCGCGAGAAGCGUAGAUGUUCUAGUAAAGCAUUGCAAAAUUGACUCGAAGUCAUGCAUGCGCGUCCCAAGCCUUGAAAAGGACGAGGCCUUAGGCAUAUUGUUGGAAGGCACAUCUCUACAAGAGUCAUCUUUGGGAGCAGAGGACAAAGCUUUUGCUUUGAAGUGUGCAAACAGAUGUUCGUUCAAAGAGAUUAGUAAUGACAUUGUUAGGAGAGAUAGAACAUUUCAUCCGUUAGCCUUAAAAGCUUUUGGUGGUCACCUCUUCAGUAAAUACGGUUCGAAUUUAGCAAAAUGGGUCACUGAGAUAGAUGGCUUGGUAGAUCAAUCCGGUUAUGGUUUGGAUGAUGUGUUCGCUGUGCUGGGCAAAGCUUUUGAUGACAUCCGUCCCAAAUACCGCACAAUAUUCAUGCUUCUCACCGUAUAUAUGCUGCCCAAUAUGUCUCCAGACAAAGUCACUUUGUGGUUGGCAAUAAUUUGCAACGAAGAGAUCUCAUUUGUUGAGAAAGCAGUUGAGGAUCUAUGCAAGAAGGCCUUUAUUGAAGAAUUUGAACCUGAAAUUCGCAUACAUGACCUAUAUAUCGAAUUCGCUCAAAGCAAAGCUAAAGAAAUGGGGAGAUGGCUGUGGUGGAAGGGCGAUGGGCGGAGUACCCGUGGGUUAAUUUCACAAGAAAAUGGAGGUUUUGAAUUGGCUAAGUUGGAGCAAUGUGUGUAUCGAAGCCCAACCCAGAUUGCCCCCAAGUACCUUAAAAAUCUAUUGGUACUUCAGCUCAUAGGCGUGCAGAAUAUGAGAAAGCUUGACUUGGGCCGGAUGGACAGUCUCAGAAGUAUCACAUUACACGAUUGUCAAGUCCUUGCAGCACUUGACGGGAUGGAAAACUUGCUAGAUUUGGCGUGGCUUCAGAUAAGAGGGGUAAAUCCACUGUUAAAGCUUCCCGAGGUAAGCAGCCUUCUGGGGUUACAAUAUCUUGAGAUUGACAUUGCAGUCAGCCAGGUGCUCAAUCAGCUGGGUGAUCUUACCCCAUGUUUUAACCUGAGAGAGAUUAAUGUUCGCUGUCCAUCCCUCUUGGAUUUCCCAAAAUUAAAUGGUUUGCCACAUUUGGAGAAAGUGGAAUUUAAUGUGUGUGAUAAAGUAAAGGGACCUCUCGACUGUACAGAUUGUGUGGAGCUUCAAAGUAUUGUCCUUAACAGUUGCUGCCAGAUGGCUGCCUCACCGCUACUCGCUGGAUGUAAGAAACCAUCCAAAAUUGUACUCUGGGAAUGUGAUGCAGUGACUGCAUGUCCAGAUAUAUAUUUGCCAAGUGCUUUAAAGAUUCUGGAAUUGUUCAUUUCAUCCAAAGCAGCUUCGGUGCCCAAAAGUUUAGAGUAUUGUUAUGGACUGGAAAAUCUUCAACUAUGGAAUAUGGGGGAACUGAAGGAACUUCCAAGUUUCAGAUUUUUAUCAAAUUUGACUGUGCUCAAACUUGGAAAGUGUGGUAUAAGGGAGCCCCCGGAUCUUACAUGUUGUGUCAUGUUGGAGGAUGUUUACUUUUUCACGCUUAAAAAUUUAGAAAGGUUCCCGAAUUUCUCAUCACUGAGGAAGUUGAAGAAAUUAAGUUUAUAUAAUUGCAGGAGGGUUCAAGAUCCUCCCGAUAUUAGUGGCUGCCACCAAUUACAGGUAUUGCAUAUAGUCUAUAACGACAAAAUGGAAGGACUUCCAAACAUGGGCCAGUGCUCACGAUUAGAGGAAAUCAAACUGAGUUGGCCUUCUGAGAACGAAGUCACUUAUGAAGGAAUUGAUCCCGACAGUUGUGAAGUAGAUGACGAUGACGAAUCAUGGCUGGAGCACUUUAAAGACGAGAACUUCCCGAGCUUAAGCGAUGUAAGCGCGCCAGAAGUAUUGAAAGAGUGGCCCUGGCUGAAGGACAAGACAACGCUGGUGAAACGCUACUUCCGUGGAGUGAGGCUCUAUUACUCUAUCACAGUUCCUUAUGAAUCGUACGAGCGAAGGCAAUAUUGGGGGCAAGCAACGCCAGAAGCUAUUACUCUCCAAAUUGUAGAUGGUAUGGUCGUCCCUCUACCUACACAUCGAAUGGUAGCUGGUCCUUGGACAGAAACAGUGCGAAAGUAUUUUGCUGGAAAGAAGGAUAUUGUUCGUGCUAGUGCUCCCUCGGUGUCUUAUGUAGCAAUCUUGCGCCUGCUUGCACCGCCAUCACCAAGGUAUCGCCUUCCUGUUAUGCAUGGAGAAGCACGCAUGUGCCAGUAUCCUUAUUGGUUGCAGGAGGUUGCAGAUUUCUUCACUAUUGUUCCUCCCAAUGACAAGGGAAUUCGCAUUGCGGGAUUAUAUGGAAUGCUGGGCAUGGGAAAAACUACACUUGGCAAGGCUUUCUGCAAUCUUAGUUUAGGGAAUUUUGAUGGCAAAGUAUGCUAUCUGGAAUUUUGUGGAGGUAAGACACUGGAUAGGCAAAAGCUUGCCUUGCAGUAUCUCACUGAUUGCCAUAAGUCACAACUCGAAUCGCUGACAAGUGAAGAUGAGGCACAAAAAGAAUUUUAUAAGAGAGUGAGGGGCCAAAGGGUGUUGUUGGUUCUGGACAAUAUCGAAACCGAAGAAAUCAUAGACGAAGUGAUAGAUUAUCUUCAGGCAGAACUGGGGAAGAACAGCUGCAUCCUUUUGAGCACACGAAGCGUGUAUCUUCUAAGGAUUAUCCGACAUUCAUGCAUGCACGUCCCAAGCCUUACAGAGGGAGAGGCCAUAGCCAUCUUGUUGGAAAGAACCACUCUACAAGAGUCCACGUUGGGGGCAGAGGAUAGAGGUUUUGCUUUGAAGUGUGCAAACAGAUGUUCGUUCCAAGAGGAUACACGUUAUUCUCCAAAAUUUCAUCCGUUAGCCUUGAAAGUUUUCGGCCGUCACCUCUUUGGUAAAUAUGGCUCAAAUUUGUCAAAGUGGAUUGAUGAAAUAGAUGAUUCUGUUGAUACAUUAGAAGAACAUGCACAACCAGCAUAUUGGAAAUUAUAUUGGAAUCAAAACUUCCAGUAUUAUUGGAAUCAAGACUUACAAGAUAUACAACCAGUAUAUUGGAAUCAAGACUCUUUGUUUGUGGGAGUAAGUCCUAGAGUAAAUAACGGGUACAUUGAUUCCAACAACACACCCGCUAUUCAAAGUAGGUAUGAUGUGUUCAGUGUGUUGGGUAGAGCUUUUGAUGGCAUGGAGCCCACAUACCGCACUAUAUUUAUGCUUCUCAUUGUAUAUGCACUGCCCAAUAUAUCUCCCCAUGAAGUUACUGAGUGGCUUGCAAUAAAUUGCAAUGAAGAGAUCAAGUAUAUUAAGAAAGCAGUUGAGGAUCUGUGUGAGAACGCUUUUAUUGAAGAAAUGCAUGUAUCUGAAAUUCGCAUACACGACCUUAUCAAGGAGUUCGCUAAAUGCAAAGCAGAGACCGACGACGAAGCAGGUGGAGUGAAGUUUAGAGAUGAAAUUAUAAGAGCCAUCUUUCGCUUGCUUCCUGCACCAUCACAAAGGUAUCAUGUCUCUGCUAUGCAAGGAGAAGCACGAAUGUGCCAGGAGAUUGCGGAUUUCUUCAAACAUGUUCAACCCAAUGAAAAGGGAAUCCGCAUUGCAGGAUUGUAUGGAAUGGAGGGUAUGGGCAAAACUACACUCUGCAAGGCUUUCUGCAAUCUGAAAUUGGAGGAUUUUGAUGGCAAGGUAUACCAUAUAGAGUUUUGUCGAGGUAAUUCAUUGGACAGAGAAAACCCUGCCCUUACAAACCUUCAAUCGGAGCUCCAAGAACUAGCAAGCGAGUAUCAGGGCCAAAGAGUAUUGUUGGUUCUGGACAACAUCGAAACCGAAGAGAGCACAGACGAUGUGAGAUAUUGUCUUCAGGCAGACUUGGGUGAAAACAGCUGCAUCCUUUUGAGCGCACGAAGCGUAGAUGUUCUAAUAAAGAAUUUCAAUAUUGACUCUGAGUCAUGCAUGAGUAUCCCAGGCCUUGAAGAGGAAGAGGCGAUAUCCAUCUUGUUGGAAAGGACCUCUCCAGCGGAGUCAGCGAUGGCAGCAGAGAACAGAGGUUUUGCUUUGCAGUGUGCAAACAUAUGCUCGUUCAAAGAGACCAGUCGUGGCAUUAUUGGGGGGGCUCAUACAUUUCAUCCCUUGGCCUUAAAAACUUUUGGCCGGUACCUCUUCAGCAAAUACCGUUCCGAUUUGUCAAAAUGGGUUGCUGAGAUAGAUGGCUUGGUUGUUGGAUCUAGUGAUGGCUUGGAUGAUGUGUUCACUGUGCUGGACAGAGUUUUUGAUGAUAUGAAUCCCAAAUACUGUACUAUAUUCAUGCUUCUCACUGUAUAUAUGCUGCCUAAAAUGUCUCUGCACAAAGUUACUGAGUGGCUUGCAAUAAAUUGCAAUGAAGAGAUUGAAUAUAUUGAGAAAGCAGUUGAGGAUCUCUGGCAGAAGGCCUUUAUUGAAGAAAUUAAACCUGAAAUUCGCAUACACGAUCUCUUUAUGGAGUUUGGUCAAAGCAAAGCGAGAAAGAUGGGGAGAUGGCUGUGGUGUAAGGAUGACCUCAUUACUUCAGAAUCUAAGUUGUUUUCAAAAGAUGAAGCAGGAUUUGAAUUGGCAAAGCUAGAACACUGCCGGCAGCGAGAUCUGUCCCAGAUCGGCGAUAAGUACGUUGAAAAUCUAUGGGCUCUUCAGGUUGUAGAUGGGGAAAUGAACCAUCUUCGAUUCAGCUCGAUGAAAAACAUAAGGAGCCUCAUUUUACACAAUUGCGAAUUUCUGGAAGUCCUUCAAGGGAUGGAAAAUUUGCCUGGCCUGGCGUGGCUUCAGAUAAGGCAGGUACCAAUGCUAAAAUUCGUGAAGUUAAACAGCCUCACUGCCUUACAACAUCUUGAGAUAGACAUUGGAUACAGCGGCGGACCCACUGAGCUUGGAGAUCUUGCCGGCUGUGUUUCUCUGAGAGAGAUUUAUGUUCGCUGUCCAUUCCUCUUGAAGUUCCCACGAAUAAAUGGUUUGCCAUAUUUGGAGAAAGCGAAGUUUCAAGAAUUAUCUGUGAUCGGCCCACUCGACUGUGCAGCAUGCGUAAAGCUUCAAAGUAUUGACUUCGAGUAUUGCUGGCAAAUGGUUCACAUACCGUUGAUCGAUGGUUGUUCCAACCUAUCCAAAAUUGUUCUGAAUAUGUGUGAUCAAGUGACAGAAUGUUCAGAUAAAGAAGAGUCAAGUGCUUUAGAGAUAAAAGAGUUAUGCAUUUCAUCAGAAGAUCCUUGGGCGCCAAGGCAUUCAUUUUGUUGCGAUGGACUGAAUAAUCUUCCCUUAUGGAAUAUCGUCAUAAUGGAUGUUCCGAGCUUGAGACGUCUUUCAAAUUUGACUGUGCUCAAACUAUACGAUUGUGAUAUAAGUGAACCACCGGAUGUUACGUGUUGUAGCAUGCUGGAGGAUGUUUGUUUUUUUACAUUGCAAUAUCUAAAAAGCUUUCCCAACUUCUCUUCACUGAGGAAGUUGAAGAACUUGUGUUUAUGUAAUUGUGGGAGUGUCCGAGCUCCUCCCGAUAUCGGGGGAUGCCAUGAAUUACGGGUGUUCCAUCUACUCUACAAUGAUAAUAUGAAGGGUCUGCCAAUGAUGGAUGGCUGCCCACUACUCGACGAAAUCAAGCUGAGUUGGCUUUCGUCGGAGGAGAUCCUCUAUUACUCUGACAGCUAUGAAGAUGACGAUCUUGAAUUUUGCCUGGAUUACCAGAAAGAUGAGAUCUUCCCCAACUUAAAUGAUGUAUUUAUGCCAGUGGAAUUGAAGGAGUGGCAGUGGAUGCAGGGCAAGAGAGUGCGGGUGAAGCAGUAUUUCCGUAGAGAGAAGGUGUAUUAUUCUAUCGCAGCUACAUGUGAAUCGUACGAUCGAAACGGGACGCGGGACUCUCUUGAGCAAGUUAUUAUUCACAGGGCAAGUACCAUUUCAGAUGAAGAUGAAGUAAGAUUUAUAGAUAAAGUUACGAGAGCCAUCUCUCGGUUAAUUCCACCCAAAAUAAGGUUUCCUUAUUCUUCCAUGCAAGAAGAGGAAGCAACACUUAUCUGGCCGGCGAAAGCAGUACGGUUCAAGCCACUUUCUCCCACUGUCACAGGCAUCCACAUUGCAGGAUUGUAUCAAACAGAAGACAACCAGAAAACUAUACUUCGAGAGUCUUUUUUCAAAUUCAUCUUGAAGGGAUUUGAAGGCGGUGUCUCUUCGCUCGAAUUUUCAGCAGGCAAUUCAAUGGAAAGAUUAGAUAACGCACUCAAGUAUCUCACCCAUUCACCUGGCUUGAAAAUGAGACUACCAACAAGCGAAUUCUUAGAUCAAGAUGCAUUCUCUAAAGGACCAACGUUCAAUAUUAUGAUGUUGCUGAUUAGGUACCCAAUCCCUGAUAAAUUCAUGGAUGAUAAUUUGAUGGACAUAGCUAGAGAUUUCCAUAUAAAUUGGGCAGGGAACACUCGCAUCGUUUUCCACUCUCAAAGGUAUACAAUUAUUGAGUUCUCGAGACAUUAGGGCAAGAAAGGCUCAGCAUGCUCCGUGAAACUUUGAACAACAUGCAACCCAACCUUUUCAUUUCCAAGAUGCAUUGUCAAUAGGCACUGGCAAACUAAAUGUACGUUAAUACUUGAAUACUUUGACUCCGAUGCAACGUAUCACUUAGCGCAUCCAAAUUCUUUCAACGGUGAUGCAAUAUUUACGUGUAGUUAUAAGAGAUUUGUUACCAUAUUUGUACUUUAUUCUUUAAUUCCGAUUUCUUUCAGUUGGGAUGUUGUA